AUGCAGCAAGAGGGGGAGCCCCUGAGCUCCUCCGCCCUGGGCACCCCCAGCAGGGAAUCAGGGGCCCUCCGUGCGGACCUCGAGGCCUCGGAAGAGAACCAGGCUUGGAGCCUGUGCAGGCCCAACAAAUACUCGAAGCAGUACCUGCGCCAGGUCAUAGCAGAAUAUGAAAGUCUGGACCGAGAGCUCCCGUGCAUCCGGAAGUUCCUCACGCCCCCCACCGCCCAGCCCCUCUGCCUGUGCAUGGAGGCCUCGCCUGAGCAGGACCUUACCCACCUAGCGGUGCUGGAGGCGCUGGAGGCCGAACUACCGGGGGCCAUGGAGAGCGGCUGCGUGAGCAGCAUCCGCUUUGAGGACAUGAACGUCAUCUGUGGGACCGCGGGGCGCAGGAACCGGUGGCUCAUCACCGUCUCGGACUUCCAGACCCGCUCGCGCCUGCUGCGCUCGGGGCUCCGCCUCCGCGGGUCGGCGCACCCGCUGCUGCGCCACGACGAGCUGCUGCUGAGCGACUACCGCCUGCACCUCCGCCGCUCGCUGGUCCGACGGCGCAUGCUCGAGGCUCUGGGGGCGGAUCCCACCGAGGAAGACUGA